AUGAGAAACAUUAACAAUAUCAACAAUACCAACGACUUUGUCAUUGUUAGUGAGACAUCAAAGAAAUACAAUGCUGCCUUGACUGAGUUCAACUUAAUUUUUCUUGCAUAUGGCGUCAAGCAUAACAUUGCUCUCACUACUGAAUAUGCAUCAAGCUCUCACAUCAAAUUGAUUUGCAAGCACUCUGGUGAAUAUAGAGAUACCAGAAAAGCCGAGAAGGUUGCUUCCAAAACAUCAGUUAUGGGUGAAACUCUUUCUGGAUGGGAGAGAAAGUGCGAAAAAGACAUGCAGAAGCAUGGCUGCCCUUGCUUCAUGUAUGCCAACACCAAGAAGGGCAGAAAGCUCACUGUGUGCUCCCUUGAGGCAGAGUAUAACUAUCCCAUCGAAGAAGACCGCAGAGCAUAUGCUAUGCACCGCAAGCUCUCGCCUGAGGAAAUGACACUUGUGGUUAAGCAUCUGAAGAACAAUGAUGAUGUGGUGAUCCAGACACUCGGAUAUUGGAUUUAUCACAUAUAA